AUCUCUGACAUAUAUAAAUCUGGGGAGUUUAAGACCUACGACAACUUUGUUUCGUUAGUUGCUGAAUGUGUAUGGCAGAUAAGAGAUAAAGACAGAAGGGGUAAAAUAUGGAACGAACAGAUAAGACCAACUGCUUCAGAUUUAAAGAAAACCAUUGACGCCUUAGUCGUACUUGCAGGUAAGGUUUCAAUGUACAAUGCAAAAAUGAACCCGCAAUGUUCAAAAUGUAAAGCAGCAAUGAGGAAAUAUAACUACUCCGUCAAAGAGAUAGAAAGAAUGAGAAACGACUAUGCAGAUUUAAAGAAAGAAGCAGAAAAGCCAGCAGAAAAUAAAAUGGACAUGUUAGAAUUUCUGAACAAAAACUAUCCAACAGCAGACGAUUUCCUUCUAUCUGAUGUCAAGAAGAAGUAUAAAGAAACUUUCGGUAUCGUUAAAACAUUUGACAUACUAAAAGAAGAAAUAGAAGCUACGAAAUUGUUUAGGAUUUCAAAUAUACAUCGUACAAUUCAUGUAAAACGCUUGUGA